AUGGUCUUUAUACCCAAUGUUCAAUUAAUUUUUAGAUCCCAGUCUAAAUCGGGAGACUAUCAUGACGACAUGAACAGGAAUAAUAUCAACAAGUGGCUUGAGGAAAUGUUGUUGCCAAAUCUUCCUCCUCGGUCUUUAAUUGUAAUGGACUAUGCAUCCUACCACACGAUAGGUGUUAACAAAGCACCAACUAUGUCUUGUACGAAAGAUCAAAUGCAGAAUUGGAUUAUAAGUAAAGGUCUUACUUAUUUGCCGACAAUGGUAAUAGCUCAAUUAUAUGUGAUGGUGAAAGAGCACAAGGAACCACUUAAAUAUGAAGCUGACCUGAUGCUUGAAAAACAUGGUCAUAAAGUAGGUGGGUCAUUGCUGGGAUUUAUCUGUGUGGUAUGCUCUCGCGUGGGCACUGCCAGCAAGGGUGCGUACUUCAGUUGGGUGUCAAUGAUAGCCUUUUGGUUUACCGGCAUCCUACUGGGUUUCUACCUGUUUCACAUCGUAGAGAAGUUCUACAAGAUCCCGUGGCUGCGAUUGGAGUUUUUGUUCGCGGCAGUGUGGUCGCUGCUUUACCUCAUCGCCUCCAUACUUGCUACUACUGUAGGGGAUAACGCCCACUAUGCAGCAAGCUUUUUCGGUUUCGCUGCGACGCUGGCGUACAUGAUUGAUGCGUACCUCAAGUUUCGCUUAGUGCGGGCGGGUGGGCUGGCUCAAGGGUCCCGUGUCGUGUCAAAACAGACUACUGAAGUCAUAACCCCUCCUGGGGGCCGCUAUUAA